AUGUAUAGACAAGUAAUUGUAUUACUUUAUUUAUUAGUGAUAUCAUCCACAACUGAGUCAGCUGUCACACCAACAGUGGCACUGGGUGAGGAUUGGUCUCUCCCAGCAGGUGUAACUGUAGUACCAAACUCUGGAUUCUACUCUGAAGCGGCCACACCAGCAGUUAACAUCAAUGUAAAGUCAUUCGAUGUUGCUUGGAAGCAAGUCAAUCCAAGCAAGGAUGUUUAUGCAACCAACAUUGCAGCCACCAUCAAAGAGAUGCCCUUUGGAACAUUCGCAUCACAGAACUCUACAACAUCUCCAUUUUGGUUGCGUAUCUGGAACUCUGGUUCAACUUGGGCACCAUCAUGGAUUCAAUCAUAUUGCCAAGUGACUGCAAGUGUCCAGGACUAUGAUAAUGAGUAUCAUCUUCCAAUCUGGAAUCCAUGUGUUUGGGGUGAACUCAAGAAGAUGUAUCGCCAUUUCUUUGUUACAAUGAACAUGAGAGCCGACCCUAGGAUGAAGUUUGUACAAGUUCCAGGUGCAUUCAACUGGUGUGAGUUUGACUUUGACGUUGUUGGAAAGUACAUUGCCAAGGGAUUGACCUAUCAGGUGUUUGAUACUUGGUUCCGUACAAUGGUCGAUGAUCUUGUGUACAUGUUCAAUGGUGAGAACAAUGAUCCAUCAGAUGACUUUGCUUACAAGUUGAUCUAUACUGGUGAGGAUUAUCCUUUCGACAUUGAUCAGUGGCCAGCUUCAAAGAACCUAUGGGCAACUUAUGCUGUGUCCAAGGGAAUGGGUAUUCGCACUGGUAUCACAGAGAUAUCCAACUUCCAUUUAUCUCACAUUCCAGCUUAUGGAGUCAAAGUUGAUGCCAAUGGAUACAUGGUUUUGAACAAGACUUGGCCAUUGCAGGCAAAUCCAAAGAGGGUGAUUGCUACAGAGAAUGAGUGCUUCAAUGCUUGUGGCUACACAACUGCCUCCAAUGUAUUGGCCUAUGCUGUCAAGAUGUCCAAUCUCAAGGCUUUGCAGAUGGGUGUCAACUGGCUAUACUUGGUCGACAAUGAUUCAUACAUCCGCACCUAUCCUGACCUGUACAACUGGGUACGAUUCAACCUUGGACGCUGGCCAAACAAUUCAUUUGAGGCAUGGGCUGCUCUGAGACAAGCCCAAGACAACUUUGAUUAUGGCUUCUCAUGGAAGGGUGCCCCCUACAUCAAGAAUUAUGAGCGUUUCCUAACUCAACGUGAUGUUGCUGGUGCCAUCACACAACGUGGAACGACCAAGUACACCAAUGUAGUCAAGGAGGAGGGUGGAAGCAACAAUGGUAUUGCAUAUGAAGGUCUUCAAACUAAUGUAGCCAAUGGAAACACAUCAAUUGUCUUCUAUCUUGAUGAUGAGUUCAUCACCCCCGUGACUCCAUCUGGACCUGUCAAGAUCAAAGUUGUAUUCCUAGACAAUCGCGCAACUUCAUGGGUGCUGUCCUACGUCAACUCUGCGGGUGCCACUGUUCUCACUGAUCCUGUGGUCCAAGCUGGCUCAUCUGGCAAUCUAACCACCGCCACCUUCACCAUCCCCGACGCACACUUCAAGAACACCGUCCAACCUGGCAACGCUGACUUCAAGUUGGUGGUCACAGGUACCAACAACGUCGAGAUCUGGUUCAUCCGUGUCAUCAAACAAUAA